CUAAACCUACUUUAACUUCCGGUGAAGCACCGGCUUCCGCUGUGUGUUUCCGUUUUUUGAACGUCGGCUUUUGACUUAAAUUAUAAUUGUAUCAAUAAACGAGUGAAUCUAUUUCGUGUUGUUUUAAGGAGGUUGCGGUGUGUUCGUUGUGAGCCGUCAUGAAGCUGGUCAGGUUCCUGAUGAAACUGAGUCAUGAGACGGUAACAGUGGAGUUGAAGAAUGGCACUCAGGUGCACGGAACUAUCACAGGGGUGGAUGUAAGCAUGAAUACACACUUGAAAGCUGUCAAAAUGACUGUAAAGAACAGAGAGCCUGUCCAGCUGGAGACUCUGAGUAUACGGGGCAAUAACAUCCGAUACUUUAUUCUACCAGACAGUUUGCCCCUUGAUACCUUGCUUGUUGACGUUGAACCAAAAGUCAAGUCCAAGAAAAGAGAAGCUGUUGCAGGCCGUGGCAGAGGAAGAGGACGUGGACGGGGAAGAGGACGUGGCAGAGGAAGAGGAGGACCAAGGCGAUAACUUUACCAUGAAAACUUGUUUCACAAGAAUGAGAAAUAUCAUUUUGUACAGAUUUUGUUAACUUUUAAUAAAUGACUGUUGACCUU